CUCAAAUGGAAGAGAACCUCCAGGAAUUCAUUACAUCCAGUGCACCUGAAAAUGUGCUGCCUCUCGCAGAUGGCGUUCUCAGCUUUAUCCACCAUCAAGUUAUUGAAUUGGGUAGGGACUGCCUGGCAAAAUCCCGAGAUGGGCUCAUUACUUCCAGAUACUUUUUUGAGCUGCAAGAGAACCUCGAGAAGCUACUGCAAGAUGCUCAUGAACGGUCAGAGAGUUCGGAGGUAACAUUUGUGACCCAACUGGUAAAGAAGCUGAUGAUCAUUAUUGCACGGCCAGCGCGACUGCUUGAAUGUCUGGAGUUUGAUCCUGAGGAAUUCUAUCAUUUGUUGGAAGCAGCUGAAGGCCAUGCCAAAGAAGGGCAAGGAAUCAAGACUGAUAUUCCCCGUUACAUCAUCAGUCAGCUGGGGCUCACCAGGGAUCCCUUGGAGGAAAUGGCCCAGCUGACAAGCUAUGAUAGUGGCAAUCCAGAGGCCCCAGAAACUGAUGAUUCCACUGAUGGUCAAGGUGCUGCAGUUCACACAAAGAAAACUCCAUGUGAGGAAGACUUCGAAAACUUAAAGCUAAUUAGCAAUGGAGCCUAUGGAGCUGUCUACCUUGUAAGGCAUAAGGAAACUCGACAGAGGUUUGCUAUGAAGAAAAUUAACAAGCAGAACCUAAUUCUAAGGAACCAAAUCCAACAAGCUUUUGUUGAAAGAGAUAUCCUUACCUUCGCUGAAAACCCUUUUGUUGUCAGCAUGUUUUGCUCGUUUGAGACUAAACGGCACUUGUGUAUGGUAAUCGAAUAUGUAGAAGGUGGUGACUGUGCAACUUUAUUAAAGAAUAUUGGUGCUUUGCCUGUUGAAAUGGCCAGGAUGUAUUUUGCAGAGACUGUGUUGGCUUUGGAGUACCUACACAAUUAUGGUAUCGUUCAUCGAGACCUCAAGCCAGACAAUCUGCUCAUCACUUCCAUGGGUCACAUCAAGCUGACAGAUUUUGGACUUUCAAAGAUUGGUCUGAUGAGCCUCACCACUAAUCUAUAUGAAGGACAUAUUGAAAAAGAUGCAAGAGAAUUUCUUGACAAGCAGGUAUGUGGAACUCCAGAAUAUAUCGCUCCUGAAGUGAUACUGCGGCAGGGUUAUGGAAAACCAGUGGAUUGGUGGGCCAUGGGUAUAAUCCUGUAUGAAUUUCUAGUCGGAUGUGUUCCUUUCUUUGGAGAUACUCCAGAGGAACUGUUUGGACAAGUGAUAAGCGAUGAGAUAGCUUGGCCAGAUGGAGAUGAUGCUGUACCACCUGAUGCAGAGGACCUCAUCUCAAAGCUGCUAAGGCAAAAUCCAUUGGAACGACUGGGUGCAGGCAGUGUGUAUGAAGUGAAGCAACAUCGGUUUUUCACAGAACUGGACUGGAACAGUCUGCUUCGUCAGAAAGCUGAAUUCAUUCCUCAGCUUGAGUCAGAAGAUGACACCAGUUACUUUGACACUCGAUCUGACAGGUACCAUCAUCUUGAUUCUGAUGAAGAAGAUGACACUAACGAGGAUGACCGGUUAGAACUUAAACAGUUUUCAUCAUGUUCACCAAGAUUCAGCAAAGUUUACAGUAGCAUGGAACGGCUGUCCCUACAUGAAGAAAGGAAAACACCACCCCCAAACAAACGCAGCUUCAGUGAGGAGAAAGAAGAUCGAAUUGAUAAGUUGGAUGGCCUUGGUACUCUGAAGACCCGAGAUAGGAGCUGGAUAAUUGGAUCACCCGAAAUUAUCCGAAAGCGCAUGUCAUUGUCAGAAUCGUCACACACUGAAAGUGACUCUAGUCCUCCACUAACAGUCAGGCGCCGUUGUUCAACGUUAAUAGAGAUGCCACGCUUUGCUAUCUCUGGAGAAGAUGAGGGAAAGAAGCAGCAAGUAACUAGAACAUGGGAAGACGUGUCCUUAACUAUACCAGAACAACCCGCAGAGAAAGACCUCACAUUGGAAGUGGAUGUUAGUCCUGCCACACCAGCUUCGACAAUUAGUAACAUAAGCAGCUCAACUUUAACUGCUGGCAGCACCACUGACCUAUCUGAUCAGAGGUCUCGCAGCAACAGCACUGAGGGAUCAGACACUUCAACUCCAAAAGCAAUCAGUGACCUAGCAGUCCGCAGAGCUCGGCACAGGCUAAUGUCUGGGGAAUCGACUGAGAAACGCAGCUCUAGGCCAGUUAAUAAAGUGAUCAAAUCAGCCUCUGCAACUGCCUUGUCCCUUAUGAUCCCUUCAGCCAGCCCUAUGUCACCACGCUCUUUGUCGUCUAAUCCAUCCUCACGGGAUUCCUCACCAAACCGUGAUUUUUUUCCUGCCGUGAGCAAUCUGAAGCCUCCAAUCAUUAUCCACAGAGCUGGAAAAAAAUAUGGCUUUACCCUUCGAGCUAUUCGAGUGUAUAUGGGAGAGAGUGAUGUCUUUACAGUUCACCAUAUGGUUUGGCAUGUCGAAGGAGACGGACCUGCUCAUGAAGCUGGCCUGCAAGCAGGGGACCUGAUAACUCAUGUCAAUGGGGAGCCUGUCCAUGGCCUAGUUCACACAGAAGUGGUCGAACUCAUAUUAAAGAGUGGAAACAAGGUUUCAAUAUCGACAACUCCUCUUGAGAAUACUUCAAUCAAAAUUGGGCCAGCUCGGAGAUCUAACUACAAGUCAAAGAUGGCAAGGAGGAAUAAGAAGGGUAAAACUAAAGAUGGCCAAGAAAGUAAGAAAAGAAGCUCACUCUUCCGAAAGGUUACAAAGCAAGCAACAUUGCUACAUACAAGUCGGAGUUUGUCCUCCCUGAAUCGAUCGCUUUCAUCUGGAGAAAGUGUGCCAGGUUCACCAACCCACAACCUUUCCCCUCGCUCACCAACCCAGAGUUAUAGGUCCACACCAGAUUCUGUACACUCAGUUGGUGGUAAUUCUUCACAGAGCAGUUCUCCAAGCUCCAGUGUGCCAAAUUCUCCAGCCAGUUCUGGUCACAUUCGUCCGAGCUCCCUCCAAGGAUUGGCUCCCAAACUUCAGCGACAGUAUAGGUCACCCAGACGCAAGUCUGCAGGGAAUAUCCCCCUUUCUCCUCUCGCUCGCACACCAUCACCCACUCCUCAGCCAACAUCUCCUCAGCGAUCCCCAUCUCCAUUGCCUUCACAUUCUCUGGGCAGUUCGAAUGCAGCACAAUCAUUUCCAGUUAAAUUACACUCUUCCCCACCACUGGUGCGGCAGAUCUCCAGGCCUAAGAGUGCAGAACCUCCAAGAUCACCUUUAUUAAAGAGGGUGCAGUCAGCUGAAAAAUUGACUGCCACUCUGUCAUCUGAAAAGAAGUUGUCAUCUUCCCGAAAACACAGCCUGGACAUUUCACACUCAGAAUUUAAGAAAGAAAUGCUGCAGAGAGACCCCAGUCUGCAGAGUUUACAGGAAUCUGCUAAUGAGACACAAGGCAGCAAACGUGGCCCUGCGGAAAAGGGGACACUAAAGCAACCUGCUGCCCGAAAAAUUGGUAGGCAAGAAUCAUCCGAAGGAAUGAGUAAGGGAAAAUUGAAUGACAAACUGGUAGCAAUAAGACAUGAUAGAGCAGAAAGAAGAGAAGCAUUACAAAAGCAAGAUGCCAUUCACGAGGUAGACAUCUCUGAAGAUGAAAGUGAUGAAGGUUCAGAAGAUAGCCAGGAAGGGAGAAAGUUGCAUCGGUCUUCUGCUCAAACUGAUGUUUCAAAUUUACUUGAAACGUGUUAUAAUUCACGUAAAGCAGAAAGUAGAGAUUCUUCAGAGGAUGAUCUCAGCUCUAUGUUCUUAUCUGAGUCUAAAGAAAUGAGAAGUUCAGCACCACAUAAAAUAGCAGAACACUAUCAGUCAGAAGAAUCUUCAACUUACACUGUAUCUGGGGAAAAGGCUGUACUAGAGCACGAUGUCUUGGGCGUAGAGAAGAAUGGCCAGGAUAAAACAGAUUCCAGAGACUUGAAAAUUAUUGAAGUAAAACAGCCUCUAAUGGAUUGUGUUACCACAAAGGUUAAUGAUUCACCCAAAAUACUUUCAAUGCGAAAAGCCACGGAGGAACCAUCAAACCAAGAACUCAGGAAGACAGCAGCAUUCAAAAUACAUCAAGACAUUCAAAUGGAUUUGUUGGAAGCUGGUAUUGAUAGCAGUAGCACCCCUCUCAAUCAGAUGGUGCAUAGAAAACCUACAGAGGAUGAACAUUACAAACUACCGGAAACAGAUGAUCAACAUCAGCUUUUCAAGCUGGUGUCACGUCAUACCUUAGAGCAUCCCCAGAGAAUUGAUGAUCCUAAAAAGGAUGCUAUGCAAACUGAUUGCAAGCCAAAUGUUGAGGUCAAAGGCCAAAUUGUGAAUAAGCAAAAAGGUUCAUUUGGAAUUGGUGCAAAGUCUUUUCAUUCAAAUAAUACCAAGUAUCUUAAACAUUCCACUGCAGAGGAAAUGGAAGGAAUUUCAAGCCAAAGUGAGCAAAUAUUAAAGGAAAGUGAGAGGCCUGACACCAAAACUCAACCUGUGAUAAAUAUGGAAAGCACAGGUAGCUCAAAAUGCUCUCCAGCUAGCUUUGUUAAAACACCUUUCGUUUCCCAUUUAGCCACUGUUGCCAAAAAUGUAUUGGGUCCAGUGAAGUUGGCCAUCCCUGGGAUAACCGAGACUGAGAAGAGGAAAGAAGUAAGUUCACGUGAUUUGAUAGCCAGGAAUGAUAAAGAAGGGCCACAUUUUAACACAUUUAGCCCUGCUACAGUAUCAAGCAUCACAACACCCUUAUCAAAGCCUGAAAGUUCAAAACUGAAAUUCGAAGAGAAGGGCAUAGUUUGUGGUUCGCUGUUAAAACCUGAGCCAGUUGUGGAAGCUUUAUGUGAGCAAAAAGCAGUGCAAGAUACUGCAAGAAUUUCAUCACCAGGAGAACAACAACAGAAUGUGGAAAAGUGUGGGAGAGAUCAACCUGGAAGCUGUCGUGUAAAAAGUAAAGAAUCAGUAGACUGUAAGACAGGGCAGAACUUGCAGCUAUCACACAAAUUUGCAUGUGAUAAUUUCAAAAAAACAUAGUUGAUAAUUCCCAGUUUGAGGGAAGUGGGUCAUCAGCAUUUAACUAUAAAUACCUUUUUUUGGAGGUUACUUAAAGCUGCAUGUUUGACUUUGUAUCCAUACACUAUUGCAAACAAAAAAAAAUCAAAUAUGUAUGAAUAGUUUAGCAUUUUCUUAACACUAUUUUCAGUUUUGGGGGAAAGUCCUGAGCUGCCGAUCUGCUACUGUUUUAUUUUUGUUUGGAAGCGAGCUGACAUUUCAAACAGGGUAGCUGGCAUUUUUUUCCCACUCUAUUGCGAAUACCAUUUUGAAUUUAAGUUGGACCAAGGAUCCUUUUGAAAAUUGCAAAUUGGUGGUAGUUCCUGUGUACACUGUGAUUUUGUGAGAAAUGCCAUAAUGCACAUUAAUGAAUACAAGACAUUUAGCAGUCAUAUCAUCUCUGUUUUCCUCAUUUUCAAAUUUAAGUGACUCCUAUCUGCGAAAUGUCUAUGAUGUGCAUUGACAGCGGUAUACGUGCAACCCAGGUUUGCCAACAAAGCCUUGCUAGAGGCUUAUCGUUAUUAUUUACUAGAUUCUUUGUUGUCAUGGUGUUGCCUGAACUCUUAGCUCUGUAAUGUAACUUGUCACUAUGCAAGGUAAUACAUUCCUGCAGAGUAUUUGACAGUGUACUGUAUUUUGUCCUUCUUUUGUAUUAAUGUAUCAGAGAAAUGUAUCUUAUUUAUUGUAAAUAUAUACACGACAGUCUUGGAUGUCUUUCUGGGUUUGUGCCACAUAGAUAUUUUGUUGUCCUGGAGAAAUGUUGUGAAUAUGUAAUGGAAGUACUUUCACAAAAAAGUGAGAAGCAUUUAAAAAAAAAACGUUUUAGUACUUAUUUAAUCAAUACCGAACGUUACCAUGAAUUGUUGCAGUAGGGGUUUUUGUGUUGCAUUAUUAUUGGCGUGUCGAAUUUAAUGUCAUCCCUUUAAAUAUAAAGAAUUUUUUUCAUAUUUCAAAACAUGUUAAAUAAUACCUAGAAGACCUAAAAUAUUUAAGGCAGUUUGCUUCACUUUUUUUUAAAAGCUCCCAUUACAAUAAUAUAACAACUUUGCGAUAGUUUUAUGUAACAAUUAACUGUUAGUUUUCAGCUGAUGUGAAAGUUUUAAUUUGGUUUCCCUUUCUCUCUUUCCUUUGUUUCUCCCCGCCAAUCCUCUCCCAACCAAACCCUGCCCCUAAUCAUGUUCCUGUUAUGAUGUAUUGCACUAAUAGAACUCUGAGCUUCUGCUAGCCUAACAAUCGUAGAUUGCUUUGUUUCAUUAGCAGCUACAUUUUGCUAAAUGUGUCAGAUAGUUGAACUGAGUAAGUUAGACUGUUAUCAGUUAAUACUGACUGAUUUUAAUUGCUGUGUUUAAAUUUUUAAAAUAAAAAAAGGAAAAGUGCAGGUUCUAAGGACAUUACAGUACUGUGGAGCUCUUGCUUUUAUUCACAGUACAUUUAACUUUCUGCUAUAAUGUUUUCACUCAAAAGUUAAUGAGGAAGAAUACUUGAAAUAAAAGGGGUGUGUUUACUGCCGUGAAAA